AUGCCAGUUGAGAUUACUGUAGCGCCCGAUUUAUAUAACGAAACCGAGGCGUUAGCGGCGAGAGCCAAGGGCUUCAUUGUCUUUGACAUGCCAGAUAAACGAAAUCCCUCUGCUCUGUCUGCGGUGACCGUAGAACCUCGGAUUGAAGUCAAUCCUCCGGGAAUUUUGCCUCCAUUUGUGGGAAACUACACUCACCUGAUUGUAAGGAAUACUUCUUAGCCCGAGUUCAAGUUUUCACCUUGAUUUUGAAAGUGAUUCGCGCUAUUUUCAGUUCUCGAAAAAGUACAAUCUUGCGAUUUGCUCGAUCCCCAAGGUAAUGUCAACAAUACUGACGGGAGUCUUGUGCUAUUUGCAAAAUUCAACGGAGUUUGAAAAAGCUGGAAGGAAAAUUGAAACAGAGCAAUAUGCUUGGAGGCAAGUUUACCGUAUUUUCUGUUCUCUUCAAAUUAUCUGACCACUUUGUUAUAGAAUACUGUAACUUAUGAUCGCAAACCAAUCGGGUAAUCAUCCGAACGAAUAAAAGUUUCUUUUGCCUGAAAAAACUUGGAACCAGUCGCAUUUCAAGAUGGAGAUAAGGAUUUUGAAAUAACAAACGGAUAAAAAAAUGCCCUAAGGAAUUAAAAUCAGGCAUUAUUCUGCCCCGCGUAACCGAUAAUCAGAGACCCCACAGUCGGCAAGCAAUUUAUUACUUGAUCUCGAGUGACGGCUCUUAGAGUCAAAACCAUUGAGAAAAAUGGAGGAAGUGGUUAAGAGGCAAUUCAAGAUUUCGAGAGACCGGCUAUGACAUACUGUUUGAAAUUAUCGGAUUAUAAUCGCACCAAAUUACAGAUUCUGCGGUCUUGAGAUCGAACGAUAUCGGAUGUACGUCUUCGAAAGGCUCUAUAAUCAAGAAAAGAAGUUCAAAUUCAUGACCGUCGUUCGCGACCCCAUCGAUCGAUUUUUAGCUGCUUUUACAGAUAAAUGCUAUUAGUAAGUCUUCAACAAAUCCUAAAAAUCAUUUGUAUCCCAGUGAAGCGAAACGCGUGACCUACGAAAAGACGGUAUGUCAAGAAGUCGGUUGUGGCGAUGAUUUGGAAUGUUUUAUCAAACAGAUGCAUAAAAGAUUAUGGGGAGUUGUAAAAGGAACCCAUGCCAUGAAUGUCAUGGAUUGGCACGUCAUGCCGAUGACUUGGUAAGAACCGACUCUCCCUUUACUCCAUAUUCUAGGACAUGCGACAUGAGGAACUAUCUUAACAAGUUCAAAUAUUACAAAUAUGCGCCCAAAGGGACCCCUGGUUAUGAGAAAUUCCUUGCUGACUUCAAAGACACCCUCAGAGAAAGAGAUGUGCCUCAAGACAAGAUAGAUCAUAUCAUGGAAUCAAUGACCACCAAGAACUCCCCACAUACUACUACUGGCUCUUCGAUGAGAUCCAAAUUUAAAGCCAAAAUAAUGGCGAGACCCGACUUGCUGAAGAUUCUAGUCGACCUCUACUAUUUUGAUUACAAAAUAUUUAAUUACCCGUUCCCGAAAGGAUACGAUUUGUCCACCAAAGGAUCUCAAGUUUGA